CGAUUUAACCGAUGCCGGCUCACCGUUCCAGCAGUCCAUACCAAAUCUUGCAUUCUAUGUGCCGGCCGUUGUUGUUUUUGGAUUAGCAGACGCCAUAAAUCGUUAAGCCAGCAGCCCCACACUUAACUUAAACUUAACUUAAAAGACAAAGUCAAAGCUAAAUCAAUACAAACCGUAAACAAUGGCCGAAGAUCCAUUGAAUCAGCGCGCGUUUGCCGAAGAUGUGGCCGCUGCCGCAGCAGCUGGCGGUGAUGAGGGCUUCGCUUUGCCCCCGGGCUCCGGUCCUGGUUCGGCGGGCUUUCAAAUGCCCACCGCUGAUGAGAUAUGGAAAAUGGUCGAGUCCAUGGAAGGCAUCACAGACGAUGAACGGGCCGAGCUGCGCGAGAGCAUAUUCAAUCCGAAGGCAGCGUCGCCAGAUGAUUUAUUGAAAUACGGACAGCCGGGCCACAGCUCAAAGGAGUAUCUAAUAUUCUUUGUGAUGCUAGCGCUCAUCUUGCUGGUCUUUGCUCUCUUUGGCUUCAAGCUCUACAAAUCGUUGACGGAGAAGGAGCUCAAGAAACAGGAGAAACUCCGGAGCAAACAGCAGAAGAAAUCUAAGAAAUCAAACUAAGCUCUCUAUAUUGCCCACUCUCCAUAGAUAUAUGCAUAUAGUGUAUACAGUUAUAGAUAUACUAUAUAUAUCGCAAUAAUCUUUCUGUUUAAAUUUAUAUUAAAUUGCAAAAGUUUUGUUUUAAAUGGUAAAUAAUAACGUCAAAUAAAAAUGGCCUGUAAAUGACUUCAAUUUGUACACAAUAUACAUGUAGCCAUUAU